AUGCUCACGUCGUGGGCUCGGUCUGAACAGAAGAAAUCCGUAUCUAUUCCAGCUUAUAAACCACCUUUGCCAUUCCCGUCUAGAGCUAAUCUCAGUCCACUGGAGAGAGAACAUCUGGAGUUUGUCAAGCAAUUGAAGGGUAUUCAUAUUAAUACUCCUUUUAUUGAUUCACUUGCAAAAGUUCUAGAAUAUGCUAAGUUCCUACAAGACUUGUUAGACACUCGUCAGCAAUUAAAGGAGAAUUCUAAGGUAAUUCUAAGUGAACAAAGUUUAAGGGCUGUGUUGGGAGAGAUACCUAAGAAGAUGGGAGAUCCUGGACGCCUCACUAUUCCAUGUGAGUUUGGUAAUAAGUUGAAGACAUAUGCUUUAGCCGAUUCUGGGGCUAGCAUUAAUUUGAUGCCUUUCUCGUUUUAUCAAAAGUUAAAUAUUCAGAAAAUGAAGGGUACUAAAAUGACAAUUCACAUGGAAAAUCGUUCAGUGACCCACCCAAGAGGGAUAGUAGAAGACAUCCUAGUUAAAAUUGGGAAAUUCGUUUUCCUAGUUGAUUUUGUGGUGUUGGAUAUGAAAGAAGUUCCCAAUGCUCCAAUUAUUCUUGGAGCCCUGGUUGAUAUACGCGAGUCCAAGCUCACCUUGAGAGUUGGGGAUGAGAAGUAA